CACAAUAUCACAGAGAUCUUUCAUUUUCGUUAGUUAAGAUAGGUGUAUAUUUAUUUAAAACUUUUGAGAAAUUCGUUAUAUUGAUGAAAUGUUAUUAUUAAUUAAUAAAAUAUUGACACGUGUUAUUUGAUUUUUUUUUUUUUAUAUAAAAUAUAUAGUAAUUGAUUGAUAGUACGAUAAAUGAUAGAGUGAUUGUGUGUAUGAGUCACGCGAGAGGCGUCCUAAAGAGAUCAUGAUGAGUUGUAUUAUUAUUCUAGUAUAGGCAUGCAUUUAAUUCAUUAAAGCGGCAAAUCAAAUAAUUUAUGAAAAAAAGAAAAAGAAAAUGAGAAAGAAAAUAAAAAGCUCAAAGCUGUCGGUGUUAUGAAGACAGUGACAAUUGACAAACAAUUCCUCUACUAUAUAUACCCCCUAACCAUAUCUCCAUUUCUCUCCAAAAACCAAUGGACGUCGAAACACUCUACAUACGCAAGAACGCCGCCAUCAGCGGCGGCUCGCAGGAAGAUCUUCCGCCGGUCCCGGCGGCAACGGCGGGGAAGAAGGAGUCGCACUUUCGAGGCGUGCGGAAGCGUCCUUGGGGCAGGUUUGCGGCGGAGAUUCGAGAUCCCUGGAAGAAAACUCGGCGGUGGCUCGGCACCUUCGACACGGCGGAGGAGGCCGCGAGAGCCUACGACGACGCCGCCAGAAGCCUCCGCGGACCGAAGGCCAAGACUAACUUCUGUCACGAAGGCAACGCUGCUGCAUCGCUGCCUCCGUUGCCGCCAGCUGUCAACCGUGAAGAUUUUCCGAAGAAGUUGCCGCAUUGGUACUCGGAGGCGGUUUUUCUGUCUGAUGGAGGCGGUCGGAGUCCUUUCGGUUCCGGCGCGUCGCCGGCGACGGCUGUAGGAGUGGUGGUGAAUGAGCAAGGGAAGAAGAUGAGAACUGAGAAGAAGCCCUUUUUGUUCGAUCUGAAUCUGCCAGCGCCGCUGUUCUGAACCGCCGGUCACGAUUUUUUUUAUUUGAGUUCUUUUUUGGCCGUAGAAGUCACCGGAGAAAUAGUAAUCUCUGUUCACGGUGUUUGAUGGUGUUGGAGCUCUUUACCAAGUUUACCCUUUUGGCUAGUUAUAUAUUACGGUUAUUACCUACUUAUCUAUGUAUUGUACAGUCGAUUAGCGAACUUGAUACGCAAGUAGUGGCAUGUUUGGUUAUUGCUUUAGUGGUAUCUAUGUAUUGAAUGAUUCCUAGUCAAGCGAGUUGUUGUUACUGACUCGGUUUCCACUCAAUUUGGGUUCAGAGAAAUCUCAUUAAUCAAAUUAGUUAAAUCAGUUACAGUUAAAAGCGUUAUAAAAUAAUUUAUCCAGCAUAGUUCUUUGUGCUUUUUAGGUCACUAA